UCCUAAACUCAAACCCAAAAACCUCAUUCAUAAAACCUAGUCCAUUAUAAUGGUUUUUAGGAACAAAAACCCCUCCUUAUUCAAACCCUUUUGGGUUCUCUCCGUUUUGGCUCUUCUUUGCCUAUCAAACACUGGAGAAGCUAGACAGCCAUUUGCUUGUGACCCCAAAAACGGGCUCACAAGGACCUUGAAAUUCUGUAGAGUCACGCUUCCGAUACAUGUGAGAGUGAGAGACUUGAUUGGACGGUUGACAUUGCAGGAGAAGAUUAGGCUGUUGGUUAACAAUGCCAUAGCUGUGCCACGGCUUGGCAUUCAGGGCUACGAGUGGUGGUCUGAGGCUCUUCAUGGUGUGUCCAAUGUGGGUCCUGGAACUAAGUUUGGUGGGGCCUUCCCUGGGGCCACUAGCUUCCCUCAAGUCAUCACCACCGCCGCUUCUUUCAAUGAAUCGUUGUGGGAGCAAAUCGGACGAGUGGUUUCUGAUGAAGCAAGAGCAAUGUACAAUGGAGGCAAUGCUGGUUUGACAUAUUGGAGUCCAAAUGUGAACAUAUUCCGUGACCCUCGAUGGGGACGAGGCCAAGAGACUCCCGGUGAAGACCCUGUCUUGGCCGGCAAGUAUGCGGCUAGCUAUGUCAGGGGACUCCAAGGUAAUGGUCCUGGAAAUAGGCUCAAGGUUGCUGCAUGUUGCAAGCAUUACACAGCCUAUGAUCUUGACAAUUGGAAUGGCAUUGACCGCUACCAUUUCAAUGCCAGGGUUAGCAAGCAAGACUUGGAAGAUACCUAUGAUGUACCAUUCAAAGCCUGUGUGGUUGAAGGGAAAGUUGCCAGUGUAAUGUGCUCAUACAAUCAGGUCAAUGGAAAACCCACCUGUGCUGAUCCUGACCUCCUCAAGAACACAAUCCGAGGUGAAUGGCGUCUCAAUGGGUACAUUGUCUCUGACUGUGAUUCUGUGGGUGUCCUAUAUGACAAUCAACAUUAUACUGAGACACCGGAGGAAGCAGCAGCAGACACUAUCAAAGCAGGUUUGGAUUUGGAUUGCGGACCAUUCUUGGCCAUCCAUACAGAGGGGGCUGUAAAGCGAGGUCUUCUAAGUGAGAUUGAUGUGAACAAUGCCUUGGCAAACACAAUUACCGUGCAGAUGAGAUUGGGCAUGUAUGAUGGUGAGCCAUCAGCCCAGCCCUAUGGAAAUUUGGGACCAAGAGAUGUCUGCACUCCAGCCCAUCAGCAACUAGCCCUCGAAGCCGCCCGACAAGGAAUUGUUCUGCUACAAAACCGUGGCGGAACUCUACCGCUCUCCACCAGUCGACAUAGAACUGUAGCUGUCAUUGGUCCCAAUUCCGAUGUCACAGUUACCAUGAUCGGGAACUAUGCCGGUGUUGCAUGUGGUUACACAACACCCCUACAAGGCAUUGCGAGGUAUAGUCGGACAAUCCACCAAGUAGCUUGUAGAGACGUUGCAUGCAGCAAUAACCAACUAUUUGGGGCCGCUGAAAUUGCAGCCCGCAGGGCAGAUGCAACUGUAUUAGUAAUGGGGUUGGACCAGUCUAUUGAAGCUGAGUUUAGGGAUAGAACUGGGCUCUUUUUACCAGGCCUUCAACAAGAGCUUGUGUCUAGGGUGGCAAGGGCCUCAAGAGGCCCAGUCAUAUUAGUUUUGAUGUCUGGUGGUCCAAUUGAUGUCUCAUUUGCCAAAAAUGAUCCUCGUAUUGGUGCAAUUCUUUGGGUUGGAUAUCCUGGCCAAGCUGGUGGGACUGCCAUAGCAGAUGUUCUAUUUGGCACCACCAAUCCGGGAGGAAAGCUUCCAAUAACAUGGUACCCCGAAAGUUACCUAGCCAAGGUGCCAAUGGUCAACAUGAACAUGAGAGCAAACCCAGCAAGAGGCUACCCAGGAAGAACCUAUCGUUUCUACAAAGGCCCAGUUGUUUUCCCUUUCGGCCAUGGAUUGAGCUUCACAAGAUUUCACCAUAAACUAGCCAAAGCUCCUUCCCAACUUUCAAUUCCACUUCUUUCUUCUUCCUCAAUCAACUCCACCAUUUUUGCAACCACCAAAGCUUUGAAAGUCACUCACACCGACUGCAACUCACUCACACUUGGACUCCAUAUUGAUGUUGAAAACACAGGAACCAUGGAUGGGACCCACACCCUCCUUGUCUUCUCCAGCUCCCCUGCCGGGAAAUAUUGGUCCGACGGAAAACAGUUGGUGGGUUUUAAGAAAGUCCAUGUUCCGGCAGGGUCCCAGCAAAGGGUGGUGGUGGGCCUCCAUGUCUGCAAACAUCUUGGUGUUGUGGACCAGUUUGGGGUUCGAAGAGUCCCAAUGGGUGAACACCAAAUUCUUAUUGGAGAAGAUCUUAAGCAUUCUAUCUCCUUACAAGCUGAUUUAGGAGACAUUAUUAAGUCUUAAUUACGUAGCAUUUGUCAAAAAUAAUCAAUUAAAAUUAAUUCUUCCUUUCCUAGAAAAAUAAAUUAAUCCAAAUGUUAUACAUGUAAAGGAAAGGUAGGAGAUAAUUGAUUUGUAAUUGUAAGUAAGUCCAUUAUUUUAUAGGGGAAAUAAAUAAUAAGUCAAGAUAUUAAUAUA